CUCUCUCUGUAUUGGAGUUGGUAGAAAAACUAGAAAUCGUAACUGGAGAGCAGAGUCACUCACUCGCACAUACUUACACACAGCUUUCUCUCUUUUUCAUCGUUUCAUUUUUAGCAGAAAAUCAAGGGGUUGAGACGCUUGUAGUGCGGACUAGAUACUAGAUCGAUAGCAUUACAGAAUCCGAAAAUGAAGGCCAAAUCACCAAUUUUGAAUUCUCCUAUUGUCGCUCUCGAACAUAAGAGAGAUGCUUAUGGUUUUGCUGUGAGACCUCAACAUGUACAGAGAUACCGUGAAUAUUCAAGCAUUUACAAGGAGGAAGAAGAGGAACGAUCCGACAGGUGGAAGGACUUCCUUGAACGACAAUCAGAGUCUGCUCAGGCUUCUGGACAGGAAACAGUUGAUAGCUCUGAUAAGGCCACAGAAGGGAAUGAUGAUGCUCAAAAGGAAGAGGCGCCUGCAACUCAUCAAGCACAGAUAUGGGCUCACAUUAGACCAUCCCUUAGAGCCAUUGAAGAUAUAAUGAAUGCCCGUGUUAGGCAGAAGAUAGCUGUUGCUAAAACCAAGAAACUUGAUGAAACCAAAAGCCCUGCUUUGUUUGAAGCUUCCAUACCUGUGAAACCAAGCAUUGAAGAUGACUCUGAAGAAGAGUUUUACGAUAUGGACAGGUCAGAAUCAGACCCAACUCCACAACUCCCUUCAAGUGUAAAUGCCUCUAUGGAAUCAUCAAUUCCAUGGAAAGAAGAGUUGGAAUGCCUUGUCCAGGGAGGAGUCCCAAUGGCUCUUAGAGGAGAGCUUUGGCAAGCUUUUGUGGGUGUAAAGGCACGUCGCAUUGAAAAAUACUAUCAAAACCUGUUGGAUCCUGAUACAAAGAAUGAUAACAUUAUAGAAAAUCAGAUUUCACACACAGACAAUGGAAGUAAGACAUCAAGUGUCGAAUCUGUAAUAUGCAUACCUGAGAAAUGGAAAGGGCAGAUUGAGAAGGAUUUACCUCGGACAUUUCCAGGUCAUCCUGCUUUGGAUGAUGAUGGGAGGAAUGCUUUGAGACGUUUACUCACUGCUUAUGCUAGACAUAACCCCUCUGUUGGCUAUUGUCAGGCUAUGAAUUUUUUUGCUGGAUUGUUACUACUGUUGAUGCCUGAAGAAAAUGCCUUUUGGGCAUUGAUGGGAAUUCUUGAUGAUUACUUUGAAGGGUAUUAUUCAGAAGAAAUGAUAGAGUCACAGGUUGAUCAGCUUGUCUUUGAGGAGUUGGUGCGUGAGAGGUUUCCCAAACUGGUGAAUCAUCUAGAUUACCUUGGAGUUCAGGUAGCCUGGGUCUCUGGACCAUGGUUCCUUUCAAUAUUUAUGAACAUGCUUCCUUGGGAAAGUGUUCUUAGAGUGUGGGAUGUGCUUCUAUUUCAAGGAAAUCGUGUCAUGUUGUUUCAAACAGCUUUAGCUUUGAUGGAGUUGUAUGGACCCGCAUUAGUGACAACAAAAGACGCAGGAGAUGCCAUCACAUUGCUUCAGUCAUUAGCUGGAUCAACUUUUGACAGUAGUCAACUUGUGUUGACUGCUUGCAUGGGUUAUCAAAAUGUAGAUGAAUCAAGAUUACAAGCUUUAAGAAAUAAACACAGGCCAUCUGUAGAAGCUGCACUUGAGGAAAGAUCAAAAGGACUUGUUAUGUUGAAAGAAAAUAAACCAGGGGUAAAAUUAUCAAACGGUGUAUUAUCAAGGAUGAGUUCCGAAUCUUCUAAUGGAGAUGAACUUUAUCUGGCUGUUUCAGAGGAUGUGGAGAUUAAUUCCCUUCCAGAUCUUCAAGAACAGAUUUUGUGGCUGAAGAAUGAGUUAUGCACGAUCCUAGAGGAAAAACGAUCAGCAACACUCAGAGCUGAUGAGUUGGAAACUGCUUUAAUGGAAAUGGUGAAGGAAGAUAACAGAAGAGAAUUAAGUGCAAAGGUUGAACAGUUAACGCGAGAAGUAGCAGAGUUACACCAAGCUCUUGCUUGCAAACAAGAACAGGAGAAUGCAAUGCUUCAGGUUUUGAUGAGAGUAGAGCAAGAACAAAGGGUGACUGAGGAUGCUCGUGUAUAUGCUGAGCAAGAUGCAGCAGCCCAAAGAUAUGCAGCUCAAGUCCUUCAGGAAAAAUAUGAAGCAGCAACUACUUUACUUGGUGAAAUGGAGGAGAGACUUGUUAUGGCAGAGUCAAUGUUGGAGGCUACCUUGCAAUAUCAAUCUGGUCAACAUAAAGCUCAGCCUUCCCCAAGAUCAACAAAUCAAGAACCUUCAAGAAAGAUGAGUCUUUUUGGACUUGGGUGGCGGGAUAAAAACAAGGAAAAGUUGGGUGAAGAAGCAAACCAUGUAAAGUCUAGUGAUGAAUUAAAGAGCAAUGGUCUUCAAAUGGAGGAGGUGUCCUUGGGUUGAUGUGAUGUAGCACUAUUAUGCUAUAUUGACUUGUACCUCAUGCAGUAAAAGUUGUACUAUUGCUAUGGGUUUGACCAUUGGAACACUUGAAUAUAAUAUAUAUUAUUUGUUUCACAAGUAUACGCUAGUAGCAUUUUGUUCGUAUUAUUUUUCACACAU